UAUAUUAUUUUAUUAACUACUUUUUGGAUAGCCAAUUGCGAAGAAGAAUAUUGUUCCGUUGAUAGUACAGCAGCAUGUGGUGAGAAAAAAGAAUGUAAUAUACAAUAUAAAAAAGUUUUAAAUGAGCAGUAUACGAAAUAUUAUAAUGCUAUUGAGGAAGCAGAAAAUAAUUAUUACAAUACCUGUAAUAAUAAUAACAAUGAUUGUUACAACAAUAUUAUUUUACGUGAUUUGAAACCUUUUAAGGAAGAGGGUAUAAACAAAGAUUUAAUAAGUAUCGCAAAAAAUAGGGGAACCUUUUAUCAGAUAAUAGAUGGGAAAUUGUACAGACAGAAAGAGUGCAUGUUUCCUUCAAGAUGUGCAGGUAUAGAGCACUUUAUCUUAAAACUCGCUCCUCGACUGCCAGAUAUGGAUUUGGUUAUAAAUGUAAGAGAUUAUCCACAAUCCAGUAAACAUUUUGGGAGCCCUUUACCUAUCUUUUCAUUCAGUAAGACUCGACAGUAUUAUGAUAUUACAUAUCCAGCAUGGUCAUUCUGGGAAGGUGGCCCUGCAAUUUCUUUGUAUCCCCGUGGUCUUGGGAGGUGGGACGAGCACCGUCGAUCAUUGGAUAAAGCUAGCAAUAAUACAGUUUGGGAGAGAAAAGAAAAUAAAGCGUUUUUUCGUGGUUCCAGAACAAGCGCGGAACGUGACAAUUUAGUAUUAUUAAGCCGUAAAAGGCCAGAGUUGGUAGAUGCUCGGUAUACAAAAAAUCAAGCAUGGAAGUCUGACGAAGAUACGUUGUAUGCGCCUCCGGCGUCUGAAGUUCCGUUGGAAGCACACUGUAAUUACAAAUACUUAUUUAAUUAUCGAGGUGUUGCAGCCUCGUUUAGGCACAAACACUUAUUUCUGUGCCGAUCGUUAGUAUUCCACGUUGGUGAUGAAUGGACUGAAUUUUAUUACGAUGCGAUGUUACCUUGGUUACAUUACAUUCCCGUUCCGAAAGAUGCUGAUCAAACGGUGUUAGAGUCGUUGAUACAGUUUGUUAUACAUAAUGAUAAAUUAUCGAAAACAAUUGCAGACCGUGGAAGAGAUUUCAUAUGGAAUAAUUUGAGGAUGGCAGACAUUGAGCAAUUUUGGGAGAAACUUCUUAAAAAAUACUCGGAACUCCUAACAUAUAAAGCGACUUUAGACAAACAUUUGAUUAAAAUUAACAGGACGGAGAAAUCCUGAUGAGAAUAAUAGUAAUACAUUAUUUAAUAU